AUGGUAUUGCCUUCUGUUGCAUUUUGGGUAUUUGAUAGGACAAUUCGUUUCACCAAACUUAUAAGGUUUGGAUUCCCAUUGGCCACGAUUAAAGUUGUGGGAGAGAAGGAAGAUAUUACAUUAAAAGUUACAAUACCUAAGCCAAAAAAUUGGAACCAUUUCGCUGGAAGUUUCAUCUGGAUUCAGUUUCUUGCUCCUAGCUCGUGGUGGCAAUCGCAUCCAUUUACAUGCAUUGUUGAAAGGCAAGACGGAGACGGAGACAGAGAAGAGGUUAUUGUUCUUUAUUGCAAGGUGAAAGAAGGAGUUACAGAGGAUUUGUAUAAGCGAUUAUUGACAACACCUGCAAAAGAGGGAAAGAUACGUGUUGCGGUCGAAGGACCAUACGUUGAUGCUUGUCAAAACUUCUAUAAUCACAAUGUGACUUUUAUAGCUGGAGGAAGUGGUAUACCAGGUCUUUAUUCUGAGGCUAAAUCAUUGGCACAAACCAAACAACGCGGGCUGUCUCGCAUAAUCCGGCUAUUUUGGAUAGUUAAGAACUAUGAGUCAGUUGGGUGGUUCAAGAAUGAGUUGGCGUCGCUAGAAGAUUUAGGAGUGCAAGUAACAAUUUUCGUUACAAGAUACAAAAAGGUACCGUGUGGAACAAAGGAAAUUAAUGCGAUAGACAGAUUGAAGGCUACAUUACCCUUUGUACUGUUUAUUGAGAGGAGACCUGAUUUGGAGGAAAUAAUUAACGAAGAUGUAAAGAGUCCAUCUGUAGGGUUCGUUGCCUGUGGACAUCCAAGGAUGGUAGAUGAAGUUAGGGCCCUAGUAGUUCAGAGUUUAGAUUUGCAUCCGGGACAACGACUUGAUUUUUACGAGUUAUUGCAGGUUUGGUCAUGA